AUGUCUCAAUAUUCCUGGGCGAGAGCUCAUACCAGAGCUGCAGCGGCCCUUGCGAGUGUGGCAGUGUCAUCAGGAGGAUACCUAAUGUUGUGGCAACAGCAGCAACAGUCACAAGAGGACGAGAAUCAUCCGUGCAAUCAAUCCUCUUCACGACUCCCAUCGGCCUUUCAUUUGAAUAGUACUACUCAAUCAUCUGACAACAACAAUACGACGGCCGCCAUCCUUCCUGCUGCUGCCUUUCCAACCACAGCCCAGGCCUUGUGGUGGAUGGCACAGGGCACGAUUACUAGCAGUACUACUGCUAAAACUACGCAAUGCCAACCCAAGCCAGAUCCCGGAUAUCCAGAUCUUUCUCGCUUUGGCAAGCAUUCUUACCUCAAGAAAUACUUGACUCCUGAAAUCUAUGCCGCCUUGAAAAAGAAGAAAACAGCAAAAGGGGUCACGUUGGAAGAUGUCAUUCAAUCCGGUGUCACUCUUCCUUAUGGUGCUCGACCGGUUCGAGGUUGUGGGAUUUACGCCGGUGAUGCGGAAUCCUACCAAGUGUUUGCCAAACUAUUGGAUCCCAUUGUAGAAGAUUGGCAUCAUUUGCGAAGCGAUUCGCUGCAAGCUCGAUCCAAUAAAGCCCUUCUGGCUGGACCCAAACAAUCCAAGACAUCCAGGAGCAGCGGCAAACCCGUCAAGGGGGCGCGGAUUAGUCGUCAAGCCACCAAUCUCAAUCCAGGUUUUGUGCUGCGACAGAAUUUGGAUCCAGAUGGUGAAUACAUUCUGCAAACCCGCAUGCGAGUGGCUCGAUCGGUGAGAGGAUUUCCCUUUUCGCCCAAAAUUAGUCGGGAACAGCGCCGCGAGUUGGAAGGAUUGAUUCAAGAUUGUACACGGGACUUUCAAACAACCGAAGAUGAGGACUUGACAGGUACCUAUACAAGGGUCAUGGACAUGACCAAUGAACAACAUGGCGAUUGGAUUCACCGGCAUAUCUUGUUUCAUGAUCCCGAUGCCUUGUCGAUAAGUGCUGGGUUGGGAAAGGAUUGGCCGGAUGCCCGAGGAAUUUAUAUGAAUCGUCAUUCCAUGUCAGCAGAUCCAACAGACGCAGCGUCUUACAAUGUAUCUCCUGAGGUAAUGAUUUGGGUCAAUGCGGAAGAUCACUUGCGCAUCAUUUCCAUGAACAAGGGAGGCGAUUUAUUGGGGGUCUUUACCCGUCUGAGCAAAGCAAUUGGAGCAUUGGAGGCAUCUCUAAAGAAGCGUGGGUAUGGGUACGAAUCGGACCCAUACCUGGGCUUUUUGAACACCUCCCCCGAGAACUUGGGCACGGCUCUACGAGCCAGUGUCUUUGUCAAGUUGCCUCGAUUGGGCCGCGAACCAGGAUUUGAUGAAUUGUUGGCACGGCUAAGACUGGAGGCAUCUACCAGAUUUCGAGGAGAAUUCAACAACAAUGCAAACGAAGAGUCUGACGACUACAGUGAAGACGAAGAUUUCUCAUUCCUCUCCGACUUUGGUUUAAUGAUUACCAUUCAUGAUGGACACAUUCAACUUCAUUUGUGCCCAGAUGCCAACUUCCCUGAGAUCCAUCCCAACGUCUACGCACCUUCGGUCAUGGAUUCCAUGGAAACCCUUGCCGGAGGGGGCAGUGGUGUAGCCGUCUUUGGCGGACAUCAUCCCGAGUUGGGAGAUAUAGUUAUGAAACAUGGAGGCUACAAGGAUAUGCACGAACUCUUUGCUCUGGCCACUAUUGAAAAUGAAUUGAAAAAACGAGGCGAUGCCAAUGGAGGGAUGAAGGCUGCGAUUGAUAUGCAACGACGAUUACCUGAAUUUCGCAUGAUUUACAUUAGUCCUUCGCACAUUGUGGAAAAGCGAAUCAAUCGAUGGGAAAACUUGAAAUCACUCGUCGACAAGUUUUCCUCGACAAAUAAUCUCGUGGCCAGAGGACGACAAUCGUUCCGCCUUGACGAAUCGGCGCUCCAAAUCUUGAAUAGCGACAUGAGCAUACGGUUGUACGAAACGGAUGAUGUCGAUAAAUUCACUUUGCAACUCGAUAUUGAAACAGAGGAACGUCGAUCUUUGGCAGUCAUCUUGCCCAAAGAUGAUUCGGAAUUCAUCGACCAUAAGACGGUCAUGCUGCGGCAUAAUUCCUACGAAGAAUUGGAUGAUAUAGCUCACGAGCUCAUAAGAACCAUGACGGAGCGAUUGCUCAAAUUCACGCUUGCUCAAAAGACCAUUGGGGGAGAAACCCCACGCACAGGCAACCAAUGGUUGUACAGUGGACAACUGCAUGGAGCCGUCCUUGAAAAUCUUAUUUCUCAAUUUAUUUUGGUCAUUCGGCACUUGCAAGAAAUGACUCUUCCCGAAGAAGUCGAUGUGGUGGAUCAAGUCCGGGAGGAACUGAAUCGGUUUGAAUGCGACCCAGACCUGAAGAUUAGCGAAAUUUCCAAUACUGCCAAUACCUUUGUGGGCAAUGCGAUUCGAAAAAACUUUCAUGAAGAAAAGGGUCGUAUCCGAUUCUUGCAAGAAAUGGGCAAAAAGUUUCGAGUUUAUGGUUUGCUUGUCCUUACACCAGAAGAAGAGUUGCCUGCCAAAAUGAUUGGACGGCUAUUGGAGGAGGAUUCUAGGAUGUCGGAUGUCUUUUUGGAUUCUCCACAGGAAGAUGCACCAUUGAAUCCCGGUGACGAGUUUUGGAAGAACAUAUUGCGACGGGCAGUAGACACUCGAGAUACCAUGAGUCCUUCCGCCUUGGAACGAAUUUGGGAUUGUGGUUUGGCCGAUGCGGGCAUUCAUAAUUUAUUCGUCACGGAAGAUGACUUGUUCCUCUUUGAUUUAGGCGAACCCGAGCUCCAAUCGUUGCCGGGAUUCCUGACCAAGUUUUUGUUUUCCUUCUUUCACACGUUGGGUAUGGAAGAAGACGACGAGACGGGAUGGGUCCGACGAUUUGAUAUGGUGGACGACAAAUUGGCCUUGUCCCAGCAUACGAAGGAAUUGCUGCCACAAGCCUAUGAUGCCUUUCAAGUUUGUUUGGAUCGAUUGAUCGAAGAAGUUUUGGAUGGUGACAAAGGCCUGCGAUGGCUCUUGUUGCAAUAUGUCACUUUGCAGUUGCUUUCCGAUACCGCCUUUUGCUUGCAAAAAUGGUGCAUCAAAGGUGGUGGUCAAGACCGCGAACACAAUCACCAGCGUGGGAUUGAAAAGUGGCUAUGGCGGGCCUUGUGGGACAUUCACAUUGCCUGUGAUAUCAAUACUCAAGACUCAUGGGCCCGACUGGGUGUGGACGCUCCACAGUUGCUGGCUCGCACCUCCUUGUUGGAAGGAACGACCAGUAUUAGUAAACUACGAGAGUCGGUGGAAUUGUUUUCCAACAGUUUGCGAGAAAUCAAUGAACUUCAGCCUCCAGCUACCAUAAUACAGAACAAAUCAUAA